AUGGCCCUAAUCCAGCAUCAUGUCGAGCCACAUCUUGUGUCCAACUCUCGCCCAACAUUCUACCUUAUCCACGCCCCCAAGCGCAUGUUCAAGGGCGAUCAUCGCCGCACGGCUCCAUUCGCCUGGUUCGUGCCGCUGCCCGACCAAUGGCUGGGGCGGCCGAAAUUACUACUCUACGCUUUGGGACCCUGGUCCAGCCCAGUGGUACGGAUACCAUCUCCCACUUCACAUUAUUAG